AAUUAACUGCGGUUCUAUUCUUUAAUAUACACACCAUUUCCGCCACGGCUACGGAGGAGUGCGAGUCUGUACGCUUACUGCGAAAUGGCCAGUGUGCAACCAACAAGCAACAACACCAGUGAUGUUAGGCGUCCAAACAAAAUCACACGGUACAAGGCUCAGUCAACUGGUGGGCCUCUGGAUGAUCCAACGCCAGACUACAUGAAUCUUCUAGGAAUGAUCUUCAGUAUGUGUGGCCUUAUGAUGAAGCUUAAAUGGUCUGCGUGGGUAGCUGUGUAUUGCUCUUUCAUCAGUUUUGCAAAUUCCAGGACCUCUGAGGAUACUAAACAGAUGCUUAGCAGUUUUAUGCUUUCCAUUUCUGCUGUUGUCAUGUCUUACCUCCAGAGUCCCCAGCCAAUGCAACCUCCAUGGUAACAUCUGAUGAUACAGUCAUUCUUUCCAAAUAUGUGUCAUAUGCAAGUGAGAAUGAAACAAUCUGUGCUUCUUUGACUAUUCAAUUUAAAGUAGGAGAAGAGGAAAGAAGAGCAGUUGGAUGUUAGUCUGUUCAGGGAAGUAUGUUGCAUCUUGGUUUGGUUAACAGGUGCAAGUGAUUGAUUUGCAUGAAGUGCUGUACAUAGACUUAUGUUUAUUGUUCUUUGACAGUACAAAAUGUCAGUAGAGUUUAUGUGCUCUACUGUGAAGGUGAAGAAACCUGAAAAUAUAUUUAUCUGCAAAAAGUA